UCUUAUAAAUAUAAGCGCGCCGAGAGUACGCUCAGUUUGAGUCCUUAGUCGACUAUUGUUGGUCCGUGUAGUGCAGUGCAGCUUUUACUCCGUUUUAGUGAUGGAUUUCUUGGUAUACUUUUACUCCCUAAUGGUAUUAAUUACCAUGCAAGCUCUGAAUUUACAGGCGAUGAGUACCCGAUACGGGCUUCCUUCGUCACGGCUAAUUCCUGCUGGAACGGAAGAUGAAAGUAGUCAAGAAAAUUCGGUGAAGAAAUCGCUGGACCUGGAUUGGAGAACAAAUGUCGACGAUGACGCCAGUCUGCUAAUGCCAGCGGAUCCGCUCGUCCCUGCAACUUUAGCAGAGGCAACAAGACCCAGCAAACCGAACCGACCCGCUUUUACCUGGUGGCCUUCAAAGGUCGAUCGCUCGGAUAACUCGAAUGAAAUCCAAAGAAAAGCAAGCUCUCAGUCCGUUGGUCUCGACAUCGACCUCAAUCUCCGCCAAGACAAAUCGAAGACUGCGACUUUUGAAGAGAUCGAAACCAGGAAUGCGAAUAUUUACAACCCUCUCCUGAACCUCGACCAUUACCCGAUAGCCACGAAAAAGUACACGGUCGUUGAGCUUGAAAACAUGAACGCAAAUCAUUACAACCCUUAUCUUGACUAGAUGAACAUCAUGCGAUACCUGUGAUGUUGUAUAAUUGAGAUUGAAUUGGGUUUUCCGGGCCGAACAUUGCGGUUCCAUAUUUAAUCGAUUCAGUUAUUAUGAAUUCCAUCUCUUUUUGCACAGGAGAAAACGACGUUCCAUGACUUUAGAAAUGUACCAUGCUCGUAUCUACAACGGUUGUUACAUCGUACACGGUGUAAUAUAUUACGGUGCUAUCGAAGUUGGAAUAGGACAGGAAACGGGACUUGAUAUAAGAGAAAUGAUUUUUAUUUUCAAUUGAAUACCGGUAUUCAGGGGUGAUUUUCGCGGUAAACUUGGCUAAACUCUGGUUCGGCUUGCACAUCGUCGAGGCGCAAGACGGGGACCUCCCACGACGAUACCUGCCUCGGUAGGACAAUUGGUACGUAGGCGACAAGCGGACACCUGAUCACUCGUAAUUAUGAAUGUUGAAGCAGAGAUUGAGUUACAAACGAGCGUUACUAAGCGCCAUAUGGACCGGCAUCUCAUUGCUUGCACAACGUCUAGUCGAUACGUGCGGGCUUCGGGAGAGUAUAAUCGCAGCGAGAUUAGAUUGGAGCUUUGCUGUUUGCUGCAGGACAAAGAGUAAAAAAACAGACGCAAAAGAAAAACUGGAUAUCGUGUUAUGUAAAUGUGCAGGGGUCAAGUGCGACCGGCAAAAGAUAUAGCGAUAACUGAGAACUAUGUGUAGGUGUUUAACAAUAAGGUUACGGAUAUUACAGAUUAUAGAUACGCGUGAAUGCGAGGUGCGGAUGGUUGAGAAACACGGUUAUUGGGAUUCCUAUUACUGUUUAUUUAAAAAACUGAAAAAAAAGAAAACUUUUCUGCGAGAAUAACAAACUUUUGGCUUAUGUGACUAGUUGUAAUACUCAGCGGCAAUACUAACAGUAACGUGGCUUAGGAUAUUAAUGAAUCAUUGUUACGGUCCAUAACUAUUGAAUGUAAGUCUUAAGUAUAUAAACAUAAAAUAUUAUACAUAAUAUAAAAUAUGCUAUAAAGUACAAGUUAUUUGAUUUCAAACUUUCCUGCUCCCGAUCAACGAACACCUUAGUAAAAACGUCGCUGUACGCGGAAACAAGAAAUAUAACGAAAACAAAAUAGAGAAUUGGUUUUUAUCUAAAAUAUAAUAAUUUAACCUAAUCGCUACGGUAUAUAAAUUAAUUUUGUAUACAAUAUAAUGGUCAUAGUCUUUUGUGGAAGACGGUAUGGCAGGAUUUUUUGAUUAGGAAUAUCCCGGUGCGAAAUUCUCACGUGCAACCGUCAUAAUGCGACGUAAAAUAAGUAUAUGCUAUACUCUUGUCUGCAACGUUGCGCGAAAGGACUUGCCCAAUCGCAAAUAAAGUUACAGUUGACAGACGUACACCCGGCGUCUCGGAUUCCGGCAUAUUCGGAAUCCAACGAGUCGAGUGUGCGUCAUGCAUGUACACACGUGAUUACAGGGUCUACUUCUAGAAAUACGCAAGUGCGUGCCAAAAUUGUUUUAGUUCGGCAUAUGCGAGUGUAAAGUUAUAACAGAAACGAUCGUUAAAUCUAAGGUACGUGAGCAGCAAAAAAACAAAAACAAAAAAUAUGAAAAUAAUAA